GAUGAUUUGUGUCCUUGAGAGUGCGCUACGUUCGAAUUUUGCCGGCAAAAUGGAAAGCAGUGUCUGGCGAUAAGAAUCAGGAUGUUUGACAUAGAUGCCAAACUACUAGAACAGUUUAGUGCACUUGGUACAACAGACAAGGAUGAGUUAAUAAAUCAACUAAAAGCAGUUGUUGGGAAUGAGCUAUCUAACGAGUCGUGUCGGUUUUUCUUAGAAUUGGCCGACUGGAACCUACAACGUGCAAUCGGUGCUUACUUUGAUUUCAGUUUUGAGGGUUCCGCACCAGUUAGUUGUGCAUCGAAUUACCCACUCACUUCCGUGAGUGUUUGCGAAUCAUCUACGAAUGUGGACUACAUGCGUAUAGAUUCUGAAGUUGUGGUAAACCUAAGACAAUUCGAUGCACGGGUAUGGCCAUCACCUUAUGAUGUUCCGGAACUUGGUGGGUUUAUCAAAGUAACUGUCGAGAACUGCGGUUCUUGUUCCUGGCCUGAAGGAACGUUCCUACGGUCUGAAAUAGACCAUGCUGUUGCUCGACUAAACAGCUUAUCUGCAGAUAACAGUGAAGUUCUAUGGCUUCCAAUCGGUGUAGAUGGCAGAAUCCCUAUUCUUCCAAUUCCUCCGCGUCAAAUUAUAGACCUAACAUUAAAUAUCACUCCUCCAAACCUCCAGCUAACUUACCAAUGUCCUGUCGUCGGGGCGCUGUCCUUCUGUCUACCCAAUGGCGAUAGGUUUGGGGAAAUUGUUUACUGCACUGCCGUGCCUGAUUUGGAACACAUGACUUGGAGGUAUCAAAGAGGCAUAUUAGCAAGCACCAUGAGCGCUGGACGGAGUAGCCCUAUGGUUUUGGAAGACGUUUAAAGACGAAAUAUCUGCGGGAUCCAACUGUGAUAGUAUCUCCGUGUUUAACCUGCAAACUUGUCCAUAAUACUUAUUUUCUUGACUCUAAUCUCCAGGUAUUCGUGCCAAUAUUUAUUUUCGUUACCAAAAUGAUUCUCUUUAUUCUUCAGACGUAGUAAAUGUAUUUAACUUAGCCCACGCUAGUCGGUAUACAUAAUUAAUAACUGAUGUGCGAACCUCAUAUAAAAAUUGUCAAAAAUGGUUUAUUGCUUUUGUAAAAAAGUUGUUAAUA